AUGGGCUUUGCCGGUGGUGGUCUUUAUACUCUAGCAGGCUCGGCUGCUGAAUACGUAUGUUUACCACCAGAUCCAAAUUAUAUAAAGAAUAGCGGACCAGACUAUGGUCGUAUGUAUGGUGCAGAAGUAAUCGGCAACUUCUUUGCUUCUAAUUCUAACGCCCAGGACGUCCCUUGUGCUAACUGUAGAACUCAUCUCUCAACCUCUGUCAUAAUGAUUCCUGGUAAGAAUACAUGUUACAGUGGCUGGAAGGAAGAGUAUAAUGGAUACUUGUCGUCCGUAGCAUAUAGUCCUGCAGCUGCGUCUGCUUACGUAUGUGUUGACAUAAACCCAGAGUAUAUCAUUGGUGGCGUGAAUCAGCACUAUGGUAAAUUGUUCUUUGCUGUUCUUACCAAAUGCGGAUCUCUAAAAUGUCCACCGUAUAUAAACAAUUACCCGCUGACAUGUGUAGUUUGUUCUAAAUAA